AUGACACCUUUCAUUACGGUGCUGCUUCUUCUGGCUCUUGGCAUGGCCGUGGCUCCGUCAAGCGGUGACAAUAGAGCUGAUUCUAGGGAAAAUGAGAUUCAGAAAAGACUGGACUUGGGAGCCCUGGAACAGCUGCAAGAAAAGCUGAACGAAGUGGUCAUUGGUCUACCGCUGGACCUCACCUUCUCCGCGCUCAAUCAACUAUGCAGCACAAUCGUUGACCUGGGCCUUGUCCAGCCCAAGAUCACACCGGACAUGUCGCGCAUGAGUUUCCUGCUGCGCACUGACGAGUGUCAGAAUGUCAGCAUUCCGCUUACUAAGGCUGAGAAGCUCUGGGAGACGCCGGGCUUCGAUCAGGAUCGGCCCACGGUCAUCUUCAUUACGGGCUGGCUGUCAAACAUUCAAAAUUCGAACAGUGGGCCAGUGGCCAAGGCUUACAGUUGUCGCAACGAUACCAAUUAUGUGUUGCUGGAUGCAGCCGACUUCAUAGACACCCUGUACUCGUGGUCGGCGCUGAACACGGAGGCCAUCGGGAAGUAUGUGGCCCAGGCCUUGCUGAAGCUGAACAGGACAUAUGUGAUCGAUAAAGUGCAUGUGGCUCAGAUUGCCGGAUCGGCAGGCCGGAACUACAAACAGCUGUCGGAAGGGGCGACUCUGGCGCGUGUGACGGGCCUGGAUCCGGCCAAUCCUUGUUUCUACGACGGCAACGAUCUGCCGGGCGUACGGAGCGGCGAUGCCAGGUUCGUCGACAUCAUACACACGAAUCCCGGAAUCCUGGGCACCCCGAAGAUCGUGGGCGACGCUGAUUUCUUUGUCCAGGGACUGUUUCCGUUCAAGAGCGGCUGUGCUGGGUUGGAUGUUAUCGGCUGCUCGCAUAGCCGUGCCGUCGAAUACUGGGCUGAGUCGGUGUACCGAACGAACACGAACAACUUCCUUGGUAAGCGAUGUAAUCGGUUUGCGGAUCUAUUGGAUGGACGCAGGUGCAUUGAUAACAGAACAGUCAUGGGCUACGAUGCCAGUGCCCGCGAUCUGGGGUUCUUCUAUGUGGAUGCUAAGGCUGUUGAGCCAUUCGGCAAAAAUGCAAACCUGCAGACUUUCACCUCAAGCAAUAGCCAGUGCGGAGCCUGUUAG